AUGAGAGAGGUGGACAUUGUUCAAGUUAUGAACCCUGGCUACCUAACGGAUAACGAAAUAGCCGCCUUUCUUUCACUGAGAAGAGUCUAGCUGAAGAGGCAGUUCGGUCCCCAACCAUUAUAUAAGCAAGAGACUCUUACGUAUCUAAAUUUGAGAGUAAUUAAAAUUCAAGAUAGUAAUAUACUGUACACUUGUUGUCUUUUAAAAAAUCAGCUUCAGUAUGCGUGAGUGCAUUUCCAUCCACGUGGGCCAGGCUGGUGUCCAAAUUGGCAAUGCCUGCUGGGAGCUGUACUGCCUAGAGCACGGCAUACAACCAGACGGGCAGAUGCCCAGUGACAAGACCAUUGGAGGAGGGGAUGACUCCUUCAAUACGUUCUUCAGCGAGACUGGAGCGGGCAAGCACGUCCCCAGGGCUGUGUUUGUCGAUCUAGAGCCUACUGUAAUUGAUGAGGUGCGUGCUGGGACCUACCGGCAGCUGUUCCAUCCUGAGCAGCUCAUUACUGGCAAAGAGGAUGCUGCUAACAACUACGCUCGUGGGCACUACACAAUCGGCAAAGAGAUCAUUGACCUGGUGCUUGACAGGAUUCGCAAACUGGCUGACCAGUGCACAGGCCUCCAGGGCUUCCUGGUCUUCCACAGCUUUGGAGGUGGUACUGGCUCUGGUUUCACCUCCCUGCUGAUGGAACGCCUGUCUGUUGACUAUGGCAAGAAAUCCAAGCUGGAGUUCGCCAUCUACCCAGCUCCCCAGGUGUCCACAGCUGUGGUGGAGCCCUACAAUUCCAUCUUGACCACCCACACCACCCUAGAGCACUCUGACUGUGCCUUUAUGGUUGACAAUGAGGCCAUCUAUGACAUUUGCCGUAGAAACCUUGAUGUCGAGCGCCCCACGUACAGCAACCUUAACAGGCUCAUUAGCCAGAUAGUAUCUUCCAUCACUGCCUCCCUCCGAUUUGACGGUGCCCUCAAUGUCGAUCUGACAGAGUUCCAAACCAAUUUGGUCCCUUACCCCCGAAUUCACUUCCCGCUUGCUACAUAUGCUCCAGUUAUCUCUGCAGAGAAGGCCUACCACGAGCAGUUAACUGUGGCAGAGAUCACCAACGCCUGCUUCGAACCAGCUAACCAGAUGGUCAAAUGCGACCCCCGCCACGGCAAGUACAUGGCCUGCUGCCUGCUGUACCGCGGUGACGUGGUCCCCAAAGACGUCAACGCUGCCAUCGGCACCAUCAAGACCAAACGCACCAUCCAGUUUGUGGACUGGUGCCCCACAGGUUUCAAGGUUGGCAUUAACUACCAGCCCCCCACCGUGGUGCCAGGUGGAGAUCUGGCCAAGGUCCAGAGAGCAGUGUGCAUGCUGAGCAACACCACGGCCGUGGCAGAGGCCUGGGCCCGCCUGGACCACAAGUUCGACCUGAUGUACGCCAAGCGCGCUUUCGUGCACUGGUACGUGGGCGAGGGUAUGGAGGAGGGAGAGUUCUCAGAGGCCAGAGAAGAUGUGGCAGCCCUAGAGAAGGAUUACGAAGAGGUGGGUGCUGACAGCAUGGACGGAGACGAAGAAGGAGAAGAGUACUAAGAGCUGCUUCCUAAAGGGACAUUUGAAUACACUCAAGGAACAAUUGAUAUGUUUUUUUAUGCUAGGUUCUGAAAUUCAGCCUUUUUUCCUGUGUUCCAGCAAAAUAUUUUCCCUUGGUUUUGAGUGCUCUGCUGUUUCAAUAAAUAUGAAUCUUAUCUUAAUGAAA